AUGUCGCGAACACCACACAAAUACUUCGGUCGCAAAUCCUCUGAAUGGGGUAUUUUAGGAUUUUUAAAUGAAUGUGAUCUGGAACCAUUUGAACGAAAACUAGACUGUUACCUUAAGGAUCUUGAGUAUAUUGUUAAUGUUGAUAAAGGCAUCAGAAAACAAAGAGCACAGUUGCUUCUCAAUAACUACAGACUAGUGAGUAUAAGUUUUCUUAUGUUAGAAAUACAAAAUGGUGAUGAGAUGUUGGAUGAUCAACCUGAUAAACAACUAGCACAAUCAUGGGAAAUAGCUCAAGUGUCCGAGUUUAGUGAUGAUGAAGAAAUAAAAUUCGAUUUAAGCAGUGUUGCAGAAGAACUACGACGUGAACCAAUAACGGAGUGGGUGGUUGCUGAUAUUAAUGUAACCCAAAGAUUUAGAAAAUUCCAAAUGGACGUGUUGGACCAAACACAACGAAAUGGUCUAACAUACAAUAAUGUUUAUGAGCUUUUAGCUCUAUCUUCGAUCAUAGUACUUACAAGUCCAUGCCCAUAUCCGAUAUUUACAAUUGAGGAAUGGAACAAAAUAAUCAAGGAGAAUCCUUAUACAAUUGAAAACCAUCCAAUCCCACCAGAAAUGUCGUCAAUACUUCACCAAGCAUCCUGCAAUAAUUUCAUAGGAAAAGACGCAACUAUAGAUGGUGGCAACUCGCAAUUAGGUAAAAACGUUGCACGCGCAUUUAAUGAACUUGUUCCGAAAGUUGCGCCAGCAAAAAUAUCUGAGGAUACAUACUCUUAUUUGUAUCUUCAUCCAAUUUCUCGUCCAUUUUUUUCUGGUGAAAAAGAAUAUGACCUGACAUUAAAUAGUGCAAAUGCUGAUUCAACGAAAAGACCUGAUCUCUCUUGUGAAGUAUAUCAGGUAGCAAUAUUAAACUCAGAAUCCAAGCCAAUAGGAUUUACGCCCUUACAGCAUAAAAAGGACAGUAUUAAAGUACAAUUGAAGGCUUGUAAAUCAAUAAAUCAGCAAAUGGAUAGUAGGGGAGGUCCAGGUGAAGCUGCCAUACUUCUAAAUAUGGGUGAUCAAACGGAGUCAUUUAUUAUGGACCUGAAGUUUGAUGGCUUAUAUCGUUCUUGGUCCUUCCUUACUACCAAACUGGUGAUUGACAGGGCCUCGCUUCCAUUGGCUGAGUUUGCAAUUAGCCAUAUUAUGGCUUUGGAGGAGUGUGUCGGAAAAAUUGCAAGGGAUUAUAAAUAUCGAAGCACUAAAUUCACUCCACUUAAGCAAAUGUCUUUUGUGCGCAAACUCCCCAAUUCGCCACAAGUCAAGAUGUUGCUUAGUUAA